GACGUGCACCGUUUAUGUACCGUAGUUGACAUCUCGCCACAAACAGCAAGCGAGAAGCUUUGGAUGAGAAAGAAAUCGAAGCGCUUGUAUUCACCAAAAAUAUUUACACUUUUUAGCUCAUCGUUCACGUUCGGUUAUCAUCCUCAUCAUCAGUGCGAAAGGCGCGCAAAGCUAAACCGUUGUCCUAAGACCAGCGUUUGGAAGGCAAUUGCGCUAAUGCGAACGCGCUGGCAUCGUCGGACGGAAUAAUAUACUUGGCGUGUGCAUACACCGAUUCGAUGGAACUGAUGAACUCAGAGGCAAAACCGAAAUCGGCAUCGAAUUUGCAGAAAGAGGAGCUGGUGCUGAUAUUCGAGGAAUAUCAACAAAAGGGAAAGCUGGAAAACCUAGACGACAGUAAGGAGCGUCAAAAGUUUUGGAUGGACGCAACACAACGGUUGAACAAGAUCGAAGGUGGCACGGUGAAAUCAUGCUCGAAAUGGGUGAAGUAUUGGGCGGAUGUGCUCAUAAACCUGCGUCGGAAAUGUCGACUAGUCGUGGAGGGCCGAUCCAAGCGGAUUGGACCUACUCCGUUCGAGGUACGCAUCAUGCGUGUGGGCAACCUGUACGACGUGCUGGAACAGUGGACGAAGGCGGUCGAGAAUGGCAGCGAGAUGGGCACGAUGCAGAACGUCGAGGAGGAGUACUACCCCGAAGACACCGGCGUGCAAAAGGAAGAAAUAGUGGUGGAAAAUUAUUCGGAGGAUCCGCUAGACGAAGAGUUUGUGGCCAGUUUUGCCAAGCCGGUCGAAGAGACCGCUCAACAAAGUAUCACCACACAGUUGCACAUACGAAAACACUCGUCUGAGGUCUACAAGCCAUUGGUUAAUCCGCCCCAGACGGAGUAUGUAGAGCUGACCACCCUGCACAAUGCAACAAGCGAGUUUUUACGACCUAAGGGUACCAUCACCAUAGGGCAACCACAGGCCCGGUUGAAGGAGAACCUGAAACGUACUACCGAGAAGCUAGAAACCGUGAUGAAGAAGCGGAAAAUUGACGACUCCCAGUUUGCCAUCGCCCAGGCACUCACGAACAUGUCCUCCGCCAUAUUGGCCCUUUCGAACAGUAUCAACGAUUUGGCACAUGCCUUCACGAACGGCACCAUGCAGUGAAAGCAGCACGCCUGUGGUAACGAAAACGCGUUGAUUACUGAGUAAGAAUGCACCGCAAUGUAUGGACGAUUUUUAUUUGUAUUAUUUUAACUAUGUGUGUUUUGUGUACGAGCGUAACCGUAAUUCCUCUGUGGCAGAAAACCGACGAAAAAGGGUACACGAAAUAAAUGUAUCGUUUUAUUUCAUAA